AUGAACAAUGCUUCGUCUGACUUGAACGGCGCCCACUCUGCAACCGAAACAUAUCUGGCCUCAUCCGAACAUCCAGAGUCGUAUACGGGCCUGAAAUCACAGUCGUGCUCAACAAAUGGCUGCACAACUCCCUAUAAAGGUUUUGAUUCACCGGAGCAUGUUGGUGAUACGUCGUCGGCAUCUCGGUCAGAGUAUUAUCGUAUGAUGUAUAAUUGCCUACAAGAAAAAUUCGAUUACGUACAGGCGAGCACCAAUAGACUGCGAGAUCGGCUAUAUCAUGUAAAGAAAGAAGUCACAUAUCUAAAGAGGAUGAAGCGCGUCUUAAUCCGUCGAUUAGCUCGCUAUGGUGAAUCAUACUCAUAUGCUCCCUUGGAAAUACCAGAUAACGUUGACAUCGAAGAUCCGGUGGUAAAAAGACGCAAAGAACGCCGCGAAAGGGAACGAGAGAGAAAGGAAGCAAUUAGAGCUGCUAAAAGAGCUCAGUGCAGCGGUAGGGAAGAAAACAACCUCUCUAGCAAUAUGAUGCUGCCCUCUUCGGGCGGAAUCGGUACAGAACAAGGUUCUUCUCAAGUGUGCUAA